GAUGUUAAGAUCUUCAAGAUCUCCUUGUUUGCGCACAGUGCGUGCUACUACUUCGGAGUCCGAAGCACAGAUGAGCGCUGGGCAGAGGACGAGCGCUCGCGCUGGGUGCUUGAUGUUUCGCGAGCAGUGCGGCUUGUGACCCAGAGCCUUUUCCCUCCCUACUGCAUCAGCUGCGAGCCACAGAAGGGUGCCAAGCACACGGACAGCCGCUUGAUGGCCGGCUACGUCGUGCAUCACGAUGAUGUCUCGACAGCCUCUGUGGUAUACUGCGAGCUUCACGCCCACAAGGGAGAUGUGGCCCGCGUUACCAUGUAUGAGAACGACCUCUGCCAGGUGCCUGUGGCCGAGAUCUGCAUACACGAGAGCGCUCUGUGUUCAGAGAAGAUCGGCAUCAACUGCAGCUGCUUUAGCGUGGAGGAGUGGGGGAAUUUAGCCUGUUUUGGGCUUUCAGCCAUUGUAGUUGUGUAG